CCUCUGACGAGAUGGACGUGGUGGCCGACCUCGCGCAGCCCGACUUUGAGGGCGAGCUCACGAAGCGCAGCGUGUGGCUCAAGGAGUGGCGGGCACGCUACUUUGUGCUCAAGGGCAACAAGCUCUACUUUUGCCGGGCGCAGGGCGAGGCGCCGCAUGGCGUCAUCGAUCUCUCCGAGUGCUUAACGGUCAAGUCGGCCGAGGAGAAGACCAACAAGCGCUUCUGCUUUGAGAUUGCGACGCCCGAGUCGACGUACUACAUGCACGCCGAGAGCGAAGAGAAGAAGGACGCGUGGAUCGGCGCGAUCGGCCGCGCGAUCGUCAAGUUUUCGAGCUCGUUCACGGGCGACGACGGCUACGACGAGGAAGACGUCUAAGCCACGUGUCGGUACAUAGCACAUCUACUCCUUUUAAUACGCCUAUUCCUAUCGUACG